UACAAGUAAUUCAUAAUUAACUAGCUCUCAACUAUUGCACAUGGUUCUUUCUGGUUGCCUGGCAGCAUACCACACGGACACCAAGCCACACACACCUUCCUGGGCAACCGCUUUAUCGAUACGUUUCCUUUAUUUUGGGUAGCAUUGGCAAACAGUUUCGGCGGACAGCGAAACAAAACAGAGCAGGCCCAGUCGGCACAGCUGAAGACACGGCUCAAGCAGGACAAACAGAAGAAACAGCAAAAUGCCACCAAAGGGGAAAAAGGGGAAGAAGGGCAAGAAGAUGCCGGUGCUCAUCGAUGGCGUGGACACUUCGGCGAUGACGCGCGACCAGCUGGAGGCAUUCGCCGUGCGCCUCAAAGCGGAGAUGGAUCGCGAGCGGGAGGAGCGAAACUACUUCCAGCUGGAGAGGGACAAGAUUCGCACCUUCUGGGAGAUAACACGCCAGCAGCUGGAUGAGACGCGCUAUGAGCUGCAGCAAAAGGACAAGGAUAUCGAGGCCACGCAGGACCUGUCGGACAUCGACAAGAAGCAUGUGAUGCAGCAGAUGAAGCAUUUGCAGUUCGAGAAUCACAACAAGCUGGGCGAGGUGCGGGCGGAGGCGAUGACGCAGCUGAAGCUGGCCCAGGAGCACCACGUCCUGCAGGAGACCGAGCUGCAGAAGGAUAAGCGCCAGCUGCGUCGCAUCCUGCGCGAACGCAUGGAGGUUGGCGAGAUGCAGCUGCGCCAGAUGGAGACUCACUUCAACGAGAAGCUGCUGGACCAGCGACUAACCUUCGAGCGGGAGCGCAAGGACAACGAGAUGCUGCACGAGGAGAAGAUGAUGGAGCAAAAGUCCAAGCUGGAUCUGUUCUACAGCACCCAGAUGUUCGAGGUGGAGGAGCGCAAGAAUCAGCAGAUCAGGAACCUGCAGGACCAUCACGACGGCGCCUUCAACGACAUGAAGAACUACUACAACGACAUCACACUCAACAAUCUGGCCCUCAUUGGCAGCAUGAAGGAGCAGCUGGAGCAGCUGCGCAAACAGACCGAACGCAGCGACCGCAUCGCCGCGGACACGGCGCUGGAGAACAAGCGCCUCCGAGAGCCACUCGAGCAGGCCAACAUCCAGUUGACCGAGUACCGCCGCAAGCUGGAGUUCUACGAUCGGGACAAGCAGCAGCUGAGUCGCCUCAAGAGCCGCAACACGAAGCUGGAGAAGAAGGUGAAGGGCCUGACCUGGGAGGCGGAGACCCUGAUCCUGCGCAACGAUGCGCUCGUCGCCGAGCGGGAGACACUCAAGGAGCGCUUCAACGACGUCAUUGUGGAGCUCCAGCAGAAGACGGGCCUGAAGAAUGUCCUCCUGGAGCGCAAGAUUGCGGCCCUGUUGCGCGAAGACGAGAAGCGCAGCAUCAUCCUGCACGAGACCAUUGCCACGUGUGCGCCCAACUUAGCCGACAAACUAACCAGCCUGGACGAGCGGGUGGGCAAUAUCGUGGACGAGAAGAACAAAACGAUUAUUGAUCUGCGCUACGAGGUGGCCAAGGCCCGCAAGGCCCACGACGAUCUCCUCGAGACAUACGAGUGUAAACUCAAGCAGUUCGGUGUGCCAUCCGACAACCUGGGCUUCACACCACUCCGGGAUCGAGACGAUAAACAGCUCUACAUAUGCGGCCCAGCGGGCAUCGUUACGAAAAACAAAUAGAUGGAGCAGCAGACACGACCCAAGUCCCAAUUAAAUU